CCGCUUUUUGCACCACUUACCAACAAACAAAUUACACUCGUUUCUUCUACCAAACACUUCAAAAUGCAGUUCAUCACCGCCGCCACUAUUGUUGCUCUUGCGGCCGUCGCCAACGCCGACUCUGUCUCCAUCUCUUCCGCAGCUGUUUUGCCCAGCGCUGCUACUACCACUGCUCCCCCCAAGUGCACCACCUCUGCCGAUGUCGUUGUCUGCGAUGACGGCUCUUCUCACGGCCUUGGCCCUCAGCCUAGCGGUUCUGCUAGUGUGACCGAGUACACUUCCUCUGGUGCUGUCUGCACUGUUAAGGAUGGCUUUACUACUUGCGUCGGAGAGCCCGUCACCUUCCAUGUGUCUAGCACCACUGCUCCCGCUUCUAGCUCCACGAGUCUCAGUGCCAUCAUCGACUCUUUCCCCCCUUGCGAGUUUGGUGGCUGCAGCAGCACCGCCGUCUCUGUUACCACCACCGACUGCUCUACUUCCACACCCGUCUCUGUCACCACCACUCCUUGCCCCGAGUCUACCACCACUGUUUCUCCUCCUGCUCAGGACUGCACCACCACUUCUGUCCGCCCUAACAACAACGGCACCAUCCCUUCGGGCCCUACUACCGUCCCCGACACGCCUGCUACUGUCCCUGUCGCCGGUGCUGCUACUGGACUCCAGGUUCCCGCCAUGGCCGGUCUCCUUGCCGUCGCCGGUCUUGCUACUUUGAUGCUCUAAGCAAUCACAUUGUCUUUUCUUCUUAUUCACUCCUUUACGCCAUGAUAAAAGCGACGAUUUUGAUGUUUUGAAUUUACACUUGCAUUUGCUCGGUGGACCAUUUGUUUCGGUUUGGACCUUUCCAAGCUAGAUUUGAUCUUUGCUGUUUAUAGACUGCAUUCCUUUCCAUUAUUCUAAUACUUAAUAUAUAUACACAUACACU